AUGGCCCCAUCCACACAUACGGCUGUCGUCGUCGCAGAGCAGAAGACGGUAGAGGUGAAGAAGGUGGCGAUUCCGACGCCAGGCGAGGGCGAGGUCCUCGUCAAGGUCGUCGCCGCGGCGCUCAAUCCUACCGACUGGAAGCAUGUGAAGAGCGAUGUGCUAACGAAGCCUGGAGCCGUUUCUGGGUGCGAUUUUGCAGGCGUGGUCGAGAAGCUUGGCCCGAGUGCUAAGGGAGUGAAAGUGGGCGAUCGUGUCGCGGGAUUUGUCCACGGUGGAACUACGUCUAAUGGCUCAUACGCCGAAUACGUCGCUGCCAAAGCCGACAUCCUCAUCCAUCUUCCGGAGUCGUGGACGUUUGAGCAGGGGGCACAGCUUCCGAUCGCCAUCUAUACCACCUUCCAAGCUCUCUACCAAAGUCAAAGUCUACCUACACCUCUGGCCCCAACGUCCGACGGUACCCCUCUGCUCGUCUAUGGCGCCUCGUCGGCUGUAGGCCUCUAUAUUCUGCAAGUCGCGAAAGCCGCCGGGCUGAAGACUUACGCUCUCUGUUCCUCGAAGAACUUCGACCUGGUGAGGUCUUUUGGUGCCGUUGAGGCGUACGACUAUCACGACCCUGAGGUCAGCACCAAGAUCAAGGCUGCCUCGGGAGGUAGAAUCCGGUCUGCCGUCGAUGCCAUAUCCUCGACCGAUUCACUCAAGAUCAUCGUAUCCGCCCUGUCGUCUGAGGGCGGGAAGAUCGCGAUCAUCCCGUUCAAGGAAGUCAACAAGGCGGGUCUGGGUUCCAAAUAUGUCGCAGUACACUCUCUCGCGUACGAUCUGAUCCAUGACAGGAAGGACGCCCCUUCGCGCCUGGGUGAUGCGGCGGGAUAUGCCAAGCUUGCAACACAACUAUUGGUGUCGGGGAAAGUAAAGCCGACGCCUAUUCGCGUGUGGGAGAAGGGUUUGGAGGGAGUCGGCGAUGCUAUGGACUACAUGGAGGCCGGCAAGGUCAGCGGGGAGAAGAUCAUAUUCCGUAUCGCCGACACGCCUGGGCUUUCGUGA